GUCAGGACUACGUUUUCACGGGGCAGGCAGGCUCUCCAUUUUAUCCAUUGCAGCGGAAUCAAAAUCAGUACAUCAACCCUUCGGAGAUCGUUCCAUUUCAACAAUCUCCCUUUCGAACCCUGGAUUCACACUCGAGCUACCUACAAUCGCGGGACCUCCAAACCUCGGACCUUCCAAUACACCUGCAGAACACGCUUCCACAGUACAGAACGCCACGACCAUCCCAAAUAUUGAACUUCCAGGAUGGAAACCCUUACAACCAGUUCUCCUUCCAGGAUCAGAAUACGGGCCAAAGAUCCACUCCUUCAGGAUUCAGACAACUCCAAAACCUAAAACCCACUACCAUCAGGCCAAACUACUCACAUCUCUUCGCCAAAACACACAACAGAGAUCCAUCUCAAACAGAAACGUUUUUAGGGCAGAUAACGCUGCAGAACCCCGCUAGAGAAUCAGGACGUUUCGAGAAUUUCAAGUCCACAAGAGGCUUUCCAGAAAAACAAAGAGUAGGGUCACCUGAAGGAUUCAGAGAACCACUGGAAGAUACCAGAGGAAACUCAAUCCAUUUUGGUAGCAAUAACAGACCGGAUUAUUUGAACCACAGAACCAGAAUAGUUGCACCAGCCUCUAGCAAAAGGACGGGCAAGUCUCAAGUGAGAAACUAUUUCGUCAAUACUAACGGAGACGUUUCAAGUCCCACAAAGCAACCUGCGAAACCAAAUCUAGAUUCAAGCUCGAGCUCAUCGCUAGGACAGUCAUUAGCUUUCAACUUUGAUAAAAACAAAAAAAGCUUCAUCCCCAAAAGAGAAAAGGCCGGGGACUUAGAACCACUUUUGGAAGAGCCACUCAAAUACGACUUCGGUACCAACAACGAUGAUGAAGUGGAGGUAAUCAAGUCACCUCAUGAAACUUCAAAUAUUGGGAAAAGCUCAGUUGUCAAUGCUACCGAGCCUACUCAUGACAAUUACGAAUACGUCGAAGUGGAUACCCAAGAACCCUUCGAUAGUACCGAGUACUACUCUGAUGAAAUUUAUGAAUCUCAUGAGAACAAUAAAUCGGAUGGUAGUCUAGAAAACGAUAUUCACAGUAGCGAUUACAACGAUGAAGAAGAUGAUGAAGAACAUCACGAACUGCACGAAAAGCAGGUUGAACAACUCAAAGGAAAUAUAACGAGUAACACAUCUGGAAGUUCUUCCACGACCACCUCAACAAAACCAAUUACAACGAACAAAGCGCAUUUCCAGCCAGCUUCGGAUAAAACGAAAUCAGACAAAGAAGAGGUAGUCACUCCAUUUAGUGUACCUGUUAUACACGACGAGCAUGUAGCAAACUACGAAGACUUAGGUGAAGAACCAGAACUAGUAACUUCAGUGGUAACCAGUAAAACUGUGAUUAACAACACCAUCAUAGCUUCUGCUACUACUAGUCCAGCUGUUACAGAAUCAUUGAAAACGGCCACAGAAUCUUCGGGUAUGAGACAAGUAGAAAAUUCAACAGACACCUGGGUUGUUAUAGCUUCAGUUCAAACUAGCCGGAGUGUUUCCGGAGCACGCUACCUUCCAUCUUCAAUAGUAGAACAAGAUGUUAGAGUGAAGCUCCUCAAUGAACACUCUCAAGAACAUGAUGAUGAUGAAACCACGCAGAACUAUUCGGAAGAAGAAGAUACAACCGAAGAAGAAACUACAACUGUUAGUUCUACAAAACCUAAAACAUCGACGGAAAGUCUAACCGACAAAUUGGAUAGGGCCCAAUCUGAUUUGUCUACCGGUUUGCUAACAGGAGGGUUGGGCAACAAUAUUGCUGUUAUCAAAGAGAGUCCGGAAAAAAUAGAUAUGUCCACUAUGGAAGAUAUAAAACUCACAACUUCUACAACUAAAGCACCCUAUCCACAAGUGAAUAUUCGAAAAUAUUCUCCUAGCAACCGUAGAACAACCACAAGACGACCAAGGCCCCAACCUAAAAACAAGAAACCUUUCAACGUCAAUCAGCCUCAAGGAGACCAACCAAACAAAAAAAUGACUGAAGUAACAUUGACGUCACUUUUACCACCAGGAUAUAAACUGAAUGCAAGUGAUGACAAGAGUUCGAAGUUAUUGGACGAAAUUCUGAAUAGAGUCAAAAAUAAAAAAGUUGAAGAAACGAGUAAUGGAAAAACCACAACUGAGAUCAGCAAAUCAACAUAUGUGAAAGUGGACGAUAUUUCUAAAUUUCUACCACCGGGUUAUAAACCACAAAAUGAGCAAGAAAAAUCAACCGAAAGUAGUUUUCUGAAGAAUACUAAAUCCGACGAUAUAUCCAAGUUUCUGCCACCAGGAUACAAACCAUCAUCUACUGAAGAAAAAACCACUGAGGGAAGCUUAUCAAAGAUCACUAAAGCUGACGAUAUCUCUAAAUUUUUGCCACCUGGUUAUAAAUUACCCAAAUCAGAUGAAAAAACUACAGAAAGUAGUAGUUUUCUCAAGAAUACCAAAUCUGAUGACAUAUCCAAAUUUCUUCCACCCGGUUACAAGCUAUCAAAGACUGAGAAAACUACUGAAAGUAGCAUAUUCAAAAACACUAAAGCCGAUGAUAUAUCUAAAUUCCUACCACCAGGUUACAGAGUGCCCAAAUAUAAGAGUACAACGGAAAGUGGUUUAUCAAAGAACACGAAAGUGGAUGACGUGUCCAAGUUUUUACCUCCAGGAUACAAACUGUCAAGCAGUACGACAUUGAAACCGAUUGAGCAGGAUGUUUUACAAGGUAUCAAAGUUCAACCAGUAGAUUUAUCAGCAUUUUUGCCACCUGGAUUCAAACCUUCCCAGGAGGACAACACAUCGAACGUUGCUGAUAUUUCUGCUUCAGUUUCGUCAACCACAAAAAAACCUGCUGCGUCGAAUGGAGGUAAAGUUGUGUUUCCAUCUCGACCAGGCGGUGGCGUCAGAAAGUCAGCUACAAGAACGACUCCAAAAAGCCACAUUGAAGAAUCUGCUAGGAAUACACCACCUUCCAUUCAUAAAGGAUGGCCUUCGAGAGCGACAACCGAAUUCACUGGCUGGCCUACCCCAUCCACAACUCCCAUUUCGAUAGAGAAACUCUUGGAAGCUGCUAAGGCGGCAACUUCAAGUACAUCUCGUACUAUCGAAACCACCAUUGCUACAUCCACGACUACCACUACGACUACAACCACGACACCAAAACCAACGACGCCAGGGGUGUGUACGAACGAAUGCGAUUUGGCAGCAACCAUCAAAUUGGUGGGAGGAGUAAAGUGGGCCCCUGAGUUGUUGGACAGAAAUACCAAGGAAUGGCAAGUACUUGCAAAUGAAGUCGAAACACAGCUGGACUACGUUUACAGUUCUUCGCCUCUUCUGAAUAAAUGGUACAAGAAAAUAAGGAUAGAUGGAUUCAGUGAAGGAAGUGUUCUCGUGGACUAUCUAGUAGAACUGAAUGACUUGGGCAGGAGAAUAGACACGCAAGAAAUGAAAAAAUUAUUCCAUGAAUCUUUAGAUGAUGCCAUGUUGAGCCUUGUAGGUUCCAACAGAGAAGGAAAGUCUCUUAAUGAAUCGUGGAAAUCGGAAGGAAAGUUACCACUAGGAAAUUUCAUCGUCGACCCCGAGUACACGGAUUUCUUAGUGUUACCGAAAACGUCUUACCCUACCGUUGGAUUUGCCGAAAACGACGUUCUUUUGCCGCAAUGGGCAAUAGCUGUGAUAGUAAUUGGUCUAGCUUCCCUUCUGUUCGUCAUCAUCUUUGGAGUAACAGUGUUGGUUAACCGUCAGAAGAACUCGAAAAAGAAGAAUCCCACACCGCUCACUGAAGAUAUGCUCAAUGAACUGAAUAAAAAUCACAUGGGAGGUUUAGAUAAUUAUGGAGCAGAUGAUCUUUAUAACAUGGACGACGCCUGGAAUGACCGGGAAUAUGAACAAAAACCACCAAAAAAGAGAUCCAAUGGUUCCCUUCACGACAACAGUAUGUCAAACCUUUACGACAGUUGGAGAUCCGAAUGGAACGGUUACUACUACAACGCCUACUAUGGUAAUAAUCCUGGAAGUAGUCACGGCGGUUACAACGGAAGGCGAAGAUCUGAUUACGAUACAAACUUCUAAAAAUAUCACAGGGUUUUAGUAUUUAGUGGCUGCCAAAAUGUAAGAAUAACUGGAUUGAUAGUUUUUCGUCGUUUCAGACUCAAAAAUAUUUAUCGAACAUAACUUGAACAUAACUUGAACAUAACUUUACUAGAACUCCUGUACGAAAGUCUUGACUUAAUUGAGUAAUUAUGAAUUGAACAGAAUUUAUUUAUUCUCAGUCUGCCACUGCUAGUAAGAAAUACUUCUUGGAAGCAACAGUUUCAAUUAUUUUAGAAACAGCGACCAUUUCUAUUGACAGAGAGAACAUGGGACUCGAUAUUGAAAUGAAUGUUUUCGAAAUUAAUAAUAAAUAAAAUAUAUGCCAUAUUA